AUGCUGCCAACGCGUUCUCCCCCUCCCCCUGCACGUAAGAAGGGCGGAUUGAUAGCUGAACGUGCUGCCCUGCUCCCCCUCCCCUUUUCGUGCUCCCUUCUCCCCUCCGCGUGUGGCUUCUGCUUCCUUAUUGGCCCAGCGCAGCAAGUGCGGUGCUAUUCCUCCUUUCUCCUCUCUCUCCCUGUCUUCCCCACCCUGUCUCCCCCAUCCUGUCUCCCCCACCCUGUCUCCCCCAUCCUGUCUCCCCCACCCUGUCUCCCCCACCCUGUGCAAGACGGUGCGCAGCAAGUGCGGUGGUAUACCUCCAACGUCAACGGCGCUGUGCCGACCUCUCUGCUGCACCGCCUAGUCAGCGCUGACGUGGACAGCAAGCUUACCAGGCUGGCAGGUGGAGACGCCACGCUGGGAAACCGGUUGCUCGCCCUUCCCCUGACCGCUUCAUCUCACCUCCUCCUCUUCCCCUCGGGUCACCGAUAUGACUGCCUUGCUGCCACCACCCACUCCUCCCUGCUUGGCAGCAGCAGCAGCUAUGGGGGGGAAGCGGAGGGAGGGGCACAGGGGGAAGUGGUGUGGGGGAGCAGAGUGGGGAAGAAGAUUCUGCAGCUCACGGCCUUUAACAGUGGUAACUGGGGCACACACCCCGCCCCGCCCUCUUCUCCCAGAAAUAGCUCGGAAGAUUCCUCUGAAGUUGACCAAGAUGGGUGGGAGAGGCAGGGGCGGCAGGGGAUGGGCCAGGAGCAGCAGCAGCAGCAUCGGCCAGUCAUGAGCUGCCACGUGGCAGCGCGGUCCAUGCACCAUUCUCACGUGCUCGCCCUGUCGUACGACAGUGAUGGCUGCAGCAGCGGCAGCGAUGGCGGUUGUGGGGGGGAUCUGGAAGAUCUCGGAGGGUUGAAGGCGAAGCGUCUGCUCUCUCUCGCAUCGCCCACGCCUCUUGCACAUCUAGCCUUCCGUCCCGCCUGCUCCUCCCCAGUCCCCACUCAACUCGCUCUCAUCACCACCACCGGUCGACUGCAAGUUGCCUUCCGUCCCGCCUGCUCCUCCCCAGGCCCCACUCAACUCGCUCUCAUCACCACCACUGGAAAAUUGCAAUUGGUCGACCUGCAUCACCCCCCUCCCUCCCUCUCCUCCUCCUCCUAUCCUUCCUCCUACUUCUCGCCUCUCUCCUCGUCCUCCCUCCUUGCUCGACCAAUCCCCUUAGGGGCAGCUCCUGGCAGCAGGGAGUGUAGCUACAGUAAAUUCUCGUUAAGAUCAGGGAAAAGUAGUGUAGACGCAGGAGGAGGAGGAGGAGGGGGAGGGGGAAGAGGCUCUGCAGAUUGGACCACGUCCAUUGGUGGAGUUGCCUUGGGAGGUCCGGUGCGAGGCUGGGGCAGGUCCGGCUCGGCAGCAGGCUCAACGUUCCCGUCCGGCCUGACCACAGGCUCGGGGCUAGGCUCGGCGGAGGAAACAGAAGAGGCUCGGAAGAAGCGGUGGGAGGAGGAGGUGAGGUGGAGGGAAGCCGAGGGGCGGCUGGGGUGGGAGGGAUGGUGGCAGUGCGAGUAUAUGGGAGAAGGGGAGCCUCAUAUACUGCUCACUGCCUCAACAUCAGCGUUCGUGCCUACUGGUGGGCUGGAUGGUCGCUGCUUUGCGGUGGCGUCUAGUCGCCUGGUCAUGCUCUUCGACCUUCGCAACACAGUGGCGCCGCUGUUACAGUGGGAGCAUGGUAUGGAGGAUGACCCGCCCCGCCUGCUGCACUUCAACUACCUCGGAGCAGCUUAUAAAGGGGACAGACGGUCCGGAGGAACAGCCAAUCACAGGCGACGGAGCAGCAGUAUUGGCGGAUGCUCGUCAGAAUCACGCCUGAUACCCUCACAGCUGCUGCAGUCACACUCGAGAAUGGCAAUGGACGGACCUCCCACUCCCUUCGUGCCUCUUCACGACGGCAAGGCCCCCCCACCACAGAUCACACUUACUGCAGCGGCCUUGGGUUCAGGCCGGAUCAUCACAUGCCCUAUUGCUCUCACCACUGCUCCUUCUCCUCCUCCUUCCACGAAUGCUGCUGCUGCAACAAAAGCAACGGCAGCAGCAGAUGCUGAUGCUGAAGCAGCAGCAACAGCUAGAGCUGAAGCUGCUGCUGCCCGUCGGGCAAUUAAACGUUUCCAGGCUGCCCAGCGGCGCACGCCGCACCUCUUCCGAGCCUUGUCUGGAGGUUUGGCAACCGUGGCUGCUGCUCCGUUCCCCUCUUGCGCUGGUGGUGUGGAUGUGAGUGUAUCAAAGGGUAUGAUGAUUAAAGCAGCAGAUAGAGAGGAGGGGGAGGAGGAGGAGGAGGAGGAGGAGGAGGAGGAGGAGGAGGAGGAGGAGGAGGAGGAGGAGGAGGAGGAGGAGGAGGAGGAGGAGGAGGAGGGGAGGAGGAGAGGAGAAGGAGUGGGGAAGGGCAGAAGGAGAAACAAACAAAAAGGGUACAGCACUAAGAAGCACGCAUCCUCAUUACAAGCAUCUUCACUAUUACAACACAGCGCACCCAGAGGUCCUCAAUUCAUAUCCACACCGGCCCUCCUCCCUCUAGAAAUCCCAUCCCCCUUCGAGAGGAAGCGUCCCAGAAGCAUCCUGCCGCGGUCCCUCGAUCCUGUAGACGUGCUGCAGGCCUCUCAGCCAAUCCCAGCUGUCCACGUGGCAGGCACUGCACUUGCUCCAAUCGCUGGCCUUGCAUGUAUAAGCACGCUGCCGUGUGCUCAUAACGAAGCUCGGCCCGACAGCCAAUCAGGCGGUGGGAAAAAAACAGCAGGGAGAUGGGCAGAGGAGGCUGGGAAUAAUGAGGGAAGAUUUGAUUUGAUUCAGCUGACAAGGCUUGGAGAUGUGUGGGCGGCAUCAUACGGCAUGGAGUGGGAGGGGAGGAAAGGCAAGAAUGUGCGCUCGGCUCUGGAUGCAGUGGUUGGGAGUAGGAGGGGGGAGAAGGCGGAAGGAGAGGAGGAGGUGAGAGGAGGCCAGGCGAGAGAAAGGAGCACCGAGAGGGAUGUUAGGGGGAAUUCACAACGCAGGCGGAAAAAGCGUCAGCAGCAGCAGCAGCAGCAGGAGGAGGAGGAGCAGCAGCAGCAGCUGGAGGAGGAGGAGGAGCAGGAACAGGAGAAGGAAGAAGGGCAUUUGAAUGUGUCACUGGCAAGAGUGGCAGAGAUUUGCACAGGAGGAGAUGGCACGACUGCAUGGCCUCUGACAUGUCACGAGAUUGCGGAGGCAGCAGCAGACGCCCAGCCACCCCAGCCAAUCGCCGAGCGCCACAUGGCAGCACGGGGGCAGCGGGUAGACUCAGUACUGCAAUCCCUGCGUCGCUUGGGGUUCCUGGGCGAGAGAAGCGCCUCUAUUUCUUCUGCUGCUGCUGGUGCUGCUGGUGCUGCUGGUGCUGCUGGUGCUGCUGGUGCUGCUGGCACUGGCGCUGGUGCUGAUGCUAGUGGUGCCACUGCCAGCAGUCAGUGCGGCAUGUCUUGUCAGAAUCCGGACCUCUUCUCCCAGACCUUCCCGUUCGCGUCACAGCAGAGUUUCUCUCCUUUCUAUCCACAGCAGCAUAUUCCCUCCCAAGCAACUCCCUUUGCCUCCCAAGCAACCCCCUUCUCCUCCCAGCCAUACCACCAGUUUGCCUCCCAACCAGAACACCGCUUUGAAUCGCAGCAAAGCUCCUUCCAACCGUUCAGCUCCUCUCAGAACCCCAUCGGAUCGCAGCAGUUCCUGUUUGACACGCAGGAGAGCAUCGCGCCCUCUCACAUGCUGCCACCUGGCAGCUUGCACGCGAAUGCGACGCUGCCAAGUCAGCAUGUGCAGCCGCAGCAGCUCAUGCCAGGUCAGCAUCGGGUGAUCGUGCCAUGUAUGGGAGAUGCAGCUGCAGCAGGAGUAGGUGGAGAAGGAACAGGAGUAGUAGGUGGGCCAGGAGGAGCAGAUGAGAGAGCAGGGGCAAGGGCAGCCGCAUCAGCAGCAGGGGCAGCGGGAGGAGCGGAAGGAGCGGCGAGUGAAACGGUGGCAGCUUUAACGGAUCGGUCACUGUUCUUGGCGUCACUCCCUAUCGGCCCCGCUUGGCCCGAUGCUGUCAUGCUGCCAGGGCAACAGAGGAGAGGAGGGAGAGGGAGUGAGGGUGCGAGUGGUUUGAAGGAGGAAACUGUUGGUCCGCAUCGACAGCAGGCCGUGUGUCGCGUUGUGAUUGGGCGGUGGGACGAGGCUAUUCAGGAGUGGACAGCGGAGAAGGAUAAAGAAGAGAUUCCGACUCUGCAGUUUGACAAAGAUUUGCCUGAGGCUGACGAGAUGGAGCAAGCAAGCAUUGCAAGAAUCAUGGCUGCAUGUAGAGAAGACAAUUUUGGAAUGUAG